AUGUCAAUUUUGCAACCCCUCCCGCUAGCCCUGAAAGCCAGCCAUACCCAGCUGUGGCAGACGGGCAACAGCUUCGACUCGUACCAGGCAGGUCAUCCGGAUUCCCCCUUAACUUGCACAUACUCUCCGCGGACUGCCAGUCCCGUCGAGCUCGCACCCUAUCUCCCAUCAAACCCUCGCCUGAACCGCAUCAAGGACAAGGCUUGGAAGAUGCAAGCUGCGCGUCUCAGCCAUGUCGAGUCCGAGGUCACGGAAGCUGGAUCCGGUUCUGAAGCUGACGUGUCUUCCACGUCGCCGUCUCUUCGCCGUUUCCGUCACAAAUUCCUACAGAUGCAUAAAACGAUGCAGUCUAAGGAUGAUGACGCAGAUAGUGAGGGUUCUGGGAACGAGGACGGCCUUGACGGGCUAGAAUCUCCACACUGUGAAGAGAUCUCCCCUUCACUUCCGGAUGAUGAGGCUUCAGAUUCGGAAGACGAUGAUUUCCAUGUUGUUCACCAAGUUCGCAAGCGUCGCAAGGUCGGCAGUGGUUGA